UUUACAAGCCGUAAACCAUUUCUCAUAUCACAAAACUUUCAGGCAAAAAAGAAAAACAUGGCGGAAUCAAAAAAAAUCUUCAUCGUUUUUAUUAUUUGUCUCUUAUGCACAUUGUUGGUGAGCGUCUCUGGAAUACAGGCCAAUCCAUCAUGCACGACAUCGAUAGAAUGUGAGUUGGUGUGUUUUAGAAGAACAGGGAGAAUAGAUGGUGUAUGUGAGGGUGGAAUGUGCGCUUGUCUGUCCCCAAAACCCAAGACGGAGCUGACCAAGACCAUACUGUGCAAGAAGGACCGUGACUGUCCCAGUUCUAGUGAAUGCCCUAAAGACUUCUAUUACUCUUGUCUUCAUGGAGAAUGUACUUGCAUUGCAGUAUAA